AUGGGUGUGCAAGGGCAGGAGGUAGGGGGCUCUUUGGGGAGACAGCUGGGGGGACCCAGGCAGGGGGUGGGCUGCUACAAGGGUCGGGGGCACAGCAAGAAGGAGGAGCCGGAGGCAGUGGGCAGCGGGGCCCCUGGGAGCCUGGGCGGUGCGGGCGCAGGGUUGGGCUCUGUGGGGUCGCCAUCCCCGGCCGGCCCUGCAACCCCUGAGGGUCAGGCUUCCUGCCCGCGGCACGGCCCCCACCCCGCCUGCGGGAGGAGGCGGGGAGGUGGCUGCGCCCGCCUCGGCCGCCGCCGUGAGUCAGGCUCCGGCUGCAGCAGCGCGGCCCGGCUGGCGCUGCGGAGCGAGAGCAGACAGCGGGGAGGCAGCGCCGCCAGCCCCGCGCCCUCCCCGCCCCCCGCUCCACGCUCUCCCCGCACCGAGGCUGGGACGCUGGGACGCGGAGCUGCCGGACACACAGCGGCCCGCGGGACGGCGGAAGGACGCGCGGACGGAGCGCCGGGGUCGGACCCGCCGGCCCAGGAGUCGCCCGCCCAGGGCCCCGGCCAGUGCCCAGCCCCGCUGGGAGCCCCGGCCAGCACCACGGACGGCGCCCCGGAAGCCCGAGUGCCCCUGGACGGGGCCUUCUGGAUCCCCAGGCCGCCGGCGGGCUCGCCCAAGGGCUGCUUCGCCUGCGUGUCCAAGCCGCCCGCCCUGCAGGCGCCGGCGGCCCCCGCGCCCGAGCCCUCGGCCUCGCCCCCCAUGGCGCCCACGCUGUUCCCCAUGGAGCCCAAGGGCGGCAAGACGGACAGCGUGCGGGUGGGCGGCGGCGCCCCCCCGGUCUGCAAGCACCUCGCGGAGAAGAAGACGAUGACCAACCCCGCGACGGUCGUCGAGGUGUGCCCCGACACCAGCGAGGUGAACGACUACUACCUGUGGUCCAUCUUCAACUUCGUCUACCUCAACUUCUGCUGCCUGGGCUUCAUCGCGCUGGCCUACUCCCUCAAGGUCCGGGACAAGAAGCUUCUCAAUGACCUGAACGGAGCGGUGGAGGACGCCAAGACGGCCCGGCUGUUCAACAUCACCAGCUCCGCGCUGGCCGCCUCCUGCAUCAUCCUGGUCUUCAUCUUCCUGCGGUACCCGCUCACCGACUACUGAGGCGCCGCCGCCGCCGCCGCCGCCGCCGCUGCGCAGACGGAACGCGGGGAAGGGUUCGAUGUCGUGACGGACGCGACGUGGGAGCCGCGGUUGGGGCGGAGCCGGGCGCCGGCCCCAGGCCCCCCUGACGCGGUGAACCUGCCGCGAGGCCCUCGGAGGCUCCCCGUGCGGCGAGGGGCCGCCUGCUCCACGCAGGCCCCGCCCGGCCUCUCGGCCCUCCGCCUGCUUCUGGGCCCUGGUCUCUUCCUGGGCUGCUGCGCCCCUCCUCCCGCGCCCCCACCCAGGCUCCCGGGUCCCGCCAACCCGACACCCAGCAAGAAGGGCUUCUGUGGGAGCUCCCCAGUGUGGGGGGCUGCCGGCAUCUGGGGACUCCCUCUCUCCUCCCCAGCCCGGUCCCCUCCAAGCUGUACCCCUGCUCGGA